AUGCCUAGCCCAGCAGAACUUCUUGCGCAGAAGCACAGUGCCGUUUCCGAGGACCCAGAGACCCCGCUCAUCUCUGCCACCGAGUCGUCCGCUCCGUCGUCGGCCGCCUCUGAGCCCACCACGUAUGAGCUGGAUGUCGAGGUUGAUUCCGUGGCAUCGAGCCAGGACAAAAAGGUGUCAAUCGACGACGAAACAUAUUUCCCCGCCCUGGGGGUAUCGAUUGGGUCCGCACCUGCCAAGUGGGGUCCGUCAAUGUCCAAUGGACGCACUGUCUCGACGAACACCCCGUCCACCUUCAAGCCCGCUGUCAGGUCGUCCAACACCCAGCUCACAUUCAUCGUGGACGCUGCAGAACAACUGCCCGUGUCGAAAAAUGAUCUCUUUAAGAUCAUCUCCAAGAUCAAGGCCACCUACGACGUCAAGGUCGAGUCGACGUUUUCUGCCACCACCAACAAAAGAACUUUUCUGCUAAGCGGCCCGGUGUCGAAAAUUCAAAGUGCGAAAAAAGACCUCAUCAAACAGCUCACCAAGCCUGUGAAAAUUGAGUUCGGCAUUCCGUUCAAGCUCAUAUCCACAGUGAUUGGCUCGCAGGGCAGAACAUUGAAGCCGAUCCUUGAGUCCACAGGUGUUAAAAUCGAUAUUGCAAGAACCGGCAGCAACGAGGCAGCAGACGACGGCGACAUCUUUUCCAACCUCGCAAAGGUUGUCGUUGAGGGAGAUGUGGAGAGCUGUGAGGAAGCUAGACAAAAGAUCAUGUCUAUAGUCGACCAACACACCCAGAACCUCACCGUCAAGGUGGACGUUGAUGAAAAACUCAAACGAUUUGUGAAUUUGGAGCUUAAAAACCAGCUGCCUCCCGACGUCGAGGUUGAUCUACCGCUGGAGAACUCCAGGGCCUCUUCCAUCUAUCUCUCCGGUGCCCGAGAGACUGUGCUAGUGGCCAGAGAGACUGCCAAAACGGUUAUUGAUUACCUGGCAAAACGGAUUGUUGUCGAGGAACGCACAGUGCCCAAGAUGGUCCAUCAGUUCCUUGACGCAGAAAAGAUUUUCAGCACCGUGGGGGUUUUAGUCGAGGUUCCAGAAUUCGAUUCUCCUUCGACUACGGUGAAGUUCAUUGGCCUGAAAGAGAACAUCCCAAAAGCCGUAGCACUUGGCAAAGAGCUUUCCCAGGAGUAUGCCACUGAUUUCUUGGAUCUGGCAAGGUCUCACGGCGGAAACUAUAUGCAUGCGAAAGUGCUUACUGCAUUCUUCGUUUACACCGGUAUGUUCGACGCACUUUCGGCAAAGUACAACGUCAAGAUCACUGCUCCAAGCUAUAAGUCUCUAGUCGACGAGCAAACAAAGACGGUUGUUCUGGAGUUUGUUUGCUCGAAAUCUGAAAAGGAAGCUUUAAAGUCCACUAGACGAGAGAUAGUGGAUGCUGUCAACAAGAUCACACCCUCCUUUGUGCGUCUGAUCGACGACAUCGACACUCUUGCUCUUGAAAAAUUGGAUGAGACCGUUGCGAACGAAAAGAGCGUGAAAAUUGUUCCUCUGGGUAAGCUUUCGGGGGUUGGCAACAAGAUAGUUCUCCUGUAUCAGGCAAGUGAUGAUGAAUUCCUUCCAUCAUUGAAAGAGACCAAUGAGAUAUUGGAUGCUGUUGACCAGUCCCUGGAGGAGCUCAGAGCCUUCAGCAGAGACAUCACCUACGAAGUCCUGGACAUGCAAUCUGCAGAUCAGGAGAAAUUGCAAGGACGCAUCUUGAAGGUCUUGCUGUCUAAGUUUGGCUCAGAUAUACAGAUCAGAUUCCACCAAAACAAGGAUGGUGUGAGUGACGACCAACUGGUGGUGGUUGGGUUUAAAAAGGAUGUUCCAAAGGUGAUCGGCGAACUGAAGCAAGCUAUUGAGGAUGUCAAAAAUUAUGAGACGGCUUCUAAAUACAACCAAACUUUUGCAUUCCCAACUAGUCAGCUCUCGAGACUCAUUGGUCACAAAGGAGGGAACCUCCAGAGUUUGCAGGAAGAGUACAAUGUGCAAAUUGAUGUUCAAAAGGGCGAGGAUGCCACUGUGGGUGACAAAACUCUCGUUAAGCUCACAGGGCUGAAAGUCAACGUUGAAGAGUGCGAGAAGAAACUCACACAGCUCGGCAAGAAGUGGGCAGAUGAGAGAACUGUGGUGAUGAAAAUUGAACAAAAGUACCACCGCAAGCUAAUUGGACCUUCUGGAGUAUAUGUGCACCGGUUAAAUGAGAAGUACAACGUGGUGAUCAAAUUCCCAUUCGAAGAUGCCACCGGCCAUCAGGAUGAGGUUGUGAUCAAGGGACCUUCCAAAGGCGUUGCGAAGGCUGAAGAAGAGUUAAGAGAGCUGCUUCAGUACGAAAAAGACAAUGGAUACAAAGAAACGAUCAAGGUGCCAAUAGCCAUUCUUCCGCGCGUGAUUGGAAAGUCCGGAGAGCAGGUCAAGGACAUUUCGGCAGACACUGGUGUGGACAUCAAACAUCUGAGGGAGAAAAGUGAUGGCGAGAGUGCGCAAUUAGAGCUGACGGGUACCAGGGAAGGUAUCAGAGCUGCAACCAAAAAAAUCAACUCCAUUGUUGAUCGUAUUCAAAACAACGUGACCGAGUCGAUCGAUGUCGACUCGAAAUGGCACAAGUAUCUCGUGGGGCCAUCUGCCUCGAAGAAGCGCGAGAUCAUAUUGAACGCAUGUGGUCCAAACGACGAGGCCGAUUUUAGAAGAUUGCUACAAGUUCCGCCUGCUGGCUCUAAUUCGACCAAGAUCGUGUCACAGGGUAACAAGGCGGUCGUGGAGAAGAUCAUUGAGCAGGUUAAGCAGAUAGUAUAUGACCUGGAGAACGUUGUGGACGAGACGGUGCUGAUUCCAAAGAAAAAGCACGCACUUUUAAUUGGAUCGGCUGGAAUGGUCAGAAGAGGUUUGGAGGCAGAGUACCAUGUGCGGAUCGAUAUUCCGAAAAUCAAGCAGGAGUCUGACGAAGUGCAUGUUCGCGGGUCUCCCGAGAACGUCGAGAAGGCCAAGGCUGCAAUGCAGAAAUUGAUAGAGAAUUAA